UCAGGAGGCCGCCCGGCUGCGGGGACAAGACGCGGAGCAUCUCGACCAGGGCUGGGAGUCGCAGUUCCCUCGGGGGCUGGAACGAGGAAGGGAGACACGUCAGUGCCGGGGAAUCCAGCGGCCAGGUGAAGGCUGGGCCGGCCGGGAGCCAUGGCCGACGGGGAACGUCCCAGGAGCAGCCUGAGCCAGGCCAGCAGCGUCCUCACCAUCUCCUCUGUCAGCCUGGGGGCCGCCAAGCCGUCACGCUCCCUGCGGAGGGUUCACACCUUCGGGAAGAGGGAAAAUUCGAUCAAGCGGGACCCCAAUGCCCCCGUCGUCAUUCGGGGCUGGCUGUGCAAACAGGACAGCUCCGGCCUGAAGCUCUGGAAGCGACGCUGGUUUGUGCUGGCCGAUUUCUGCCUCUUCUACUAUCGAGACAGCAGGGAGGAGGCGGUUUUGGGGAGCAUCCCGCUCCCCAGCUACGAGAUCCGGCCGCUGCCCGGGGAGGGGAAGAACCGGAGAUUCACAUUCAAGGCUGAGCACCGGGGGAUGCGGACGUACCACUUCAGCGCUGACACCCAGGAGGACAUGAACGGCUGGAUCCGAGCCAUGAGCCAGUCCGCUGCGGCCGAGAGUGACCCCAGCACCAUCCGCCGACCCCCGCAGCUGCUCAAUCGGCCGGCGCCCCCCCAGGCCCGUCUCUUCGAGGACGUCCGGCCGCUCACGCCCGACCUGGGUCCCGCCAAGAGUGUCGAGUCCCUGGAAAUCGCCCUGCUCUCCGCGCCCCACUCAUCUACGGAAAGCCUGGCAGCGACGGGCCAGGGGGUGCAGGGCGAGGGGGGGCCCCUGCCCAGCGGUCCCGCCCCACCCCCCAGCCCGGUCAACGGGGAAGGGCUCGGGGGGGAGCCGCGGGGCCUAAGCUCUCUCUCAACCCGCAUUCUGCGGGGCCAGGAGCCCUCGGCAGCCAAACGCCCCCAUCCCGGCCCCCCCAGACCCUCUCCACCCCCCUGCCCCCCUGAGUCUGAACAGCCCCCCCUGGAGCCCCCUUCCCCCUGGGAGCCCUCCCCGGAUGCCCAAAGACACGUCCGCUCCUCCCGUUCCUACUCCCUUCCCCCCACCCCUGGUGAGCUCAGGGAGGUGCGGGGGGCUCAGGGGGGGGCAUGGGCGUCCACCGGGGGGGUCCGAGCCCCUGAGCUGGCUGCGUCCUGUGAAGAGCUCCCCCUGCUGGUCCAGGCAGGGUCCAGCCUGUCCCGGCCCCACACCCCUGUGGGGAGGGUGGAUAUCGCCCCUGGGGGGGCCGCGUGGGGCAGCAGAGCCAUCCCUGGGCGCCCCCAGACCCCCGCCGACCGCUACGACGUGCGGCCCUCCGAGGAGUCUUGUGGCCGGCCCCCCGGGCGCUACCCCCGCAGCCCCCACCCCAGUCACUGCCUGGCACGGCCCGGGACCCCGGCGGAGGAGAGCCCCCCGCAGACGGCCACGCUGGGACCUGCCCUGGGGAGACAGCCCCGGAGCCGGUUCACAGAUCGGGUUUACCCCUCCCUGGGGGCCGCCCCGCCCCGCGCCCGUCUCCACGGCCGACUGAUCUCCCCACAUUCAGCCUCCUCCGGCUACCUCCACCUGCCCCCGCUGCCCCCACUUGCCAGCCGCCCCCCAGGGAAGAGGACCUCACUGGGAGCUCCGCCCCGGACCGUGGCCCCUCUAUCCCGGGACAGGACCCUGCUGGCGCUGCCCAGAGCUGAAAGUGACACUGAUGUGAGCGUGUGCGUCUGUGUCCUCUGCCCCCAAAGCACAGCAUCACCCACAUGCCCCGGACACCGCCAAAUCCCCCCCAGCUCAGCCCCCUGGGCCCAUCUGCCCCGGUAUCCUGCCCCCCCAGAUCAGACCCGCAGGCCCAUCUGCCCUGGUAUCCUGCCCCCCCAGAUCAGGACCAUCUGCCCCGGUAUCCUGCCCCCCAGAUCAGACCCACGGGCCCAUUUACCCUGGUAUCCUGCCCCCCCAGAUCAGACCCACGGGCCCAUCUAUCCUGGUAUCCUGCCCCCCCAGAUCAGACCCAGGCCCAUCUGCCCUGGUAUCCUGCCCCCCCCAGAUCAGGCCCAUCUGCCCCUGUAUCCUGCCCCCCAGAUCAGGCCCACGGGCCCAUUUACCCCGGUAUCCUGCCCCCCCAGAUCAGACCCACGGGCCCAUCUAUCCUGGUAUCCUGCCUCCUCCCCGGUUUUUACAGCUGAGCAUUUUGGGGUAUUUGGCCACAGCUUUGGGACACAAGAUGCUCCCCGGGGUCCCUUCCGGCCCGAGAAGCCCCAAACCCAAACCCCCGUCUGCCCCACGCCGGUAAAAUCUCAUGGCGAAUAG